CAUAACACCUGUUCCGCCGAUUUGCUUUCUGCUUUUCUGCCAAAAGGACUCCCACUACACUCGUUGAUGUGUACCGAUCGCCCCAUUUUGCUCAUGUUAACAGUCAUUUUUGCUCUUUUGAUUUCCAUGUUGAAAGAUAAUCUGAGCAUUCUCCAAAAAUUUUAGAUAGAAGUAAAGUUUAGCACAAUGACCAUCUGGAUCACUUGAUUUUAAACUCCCACAAACGCAUUCAAGCAAGUUUUACUGAUUUUUUCAAAACCCUAAGUCACUUUGAGGAUGAGUAUGCCUGCUAAUAAUUUUGGAAUUUCUUGUAAGCAUGAAGAGCAUUCUUCUAAGCAAUGGCCUCAGUAUAACACGAGUGGUAAAAAAUGUGGGUUUAAUUCUAAUGCCGAAUGUCAAGCUUUUAAGAGACCCAGAAUGAUGAAUUCAAAAAUGGGGCCGGAAGAUAACAGGACAAAUAUGGGUAUGACACUUGGUCCUCAACCACCAUGCUUACAAUUCCAAAGGUGGGGUAGCUGCCGUUAUGGUGGCGAGUGUCGUUAUGCUCAUAUUACUGGGCCUCUGAACGGCAUUAGGGUUGGGGAUCAAAGAAAUCUCAGUAAGCCGAAAUCAUGUCAUUUUUUCGAUAGUGGUAAAGAUUGUCCAUAUGGAAAUAAAUGCCAUUUUCUUCAUGAACGUAGUCAAAAACUUGAGGGAGGCGUAGGUUUCUGCAGGGUUAGCUCUGCGAUAAGCAUUGCGACUAGUGGGAAUGAACCCAAGAGGUCUGUGGAGUUACGUAAAAAUUUACUGAAGACCAAGUUUUGCGUCAACUGGGAAAGGACUGGUAGCUGCGCAUAUGGUUCAAAGUGUCAAUUUGCUCAUGGGAAAGCAGAACUGCAGACUCUUGGUUCUUCCAAUACACUGGAGUCGUUGGGAAGCGCUGGCAUUUGUGCUCCAGCCAAAAAUGCAGCAUCCGAGUGUAGAUUCUUAUUCAAGUGGACGAACGUACAGAAGAUCAGCCGGAUCUAUGCUGACUGGAUUGAAAGGGUGCAGCUUGUCCCGUUAUCAUCACACACAGUGGAGAACUGAAGAACCUGAACUUGUGGCACUUUGAUCAAUUUUUGAAGUGGUGAAUUGGGUGACCUUUUACAUAUGCAGGGGCCACAGUUUUGAUAACUCUUUAGUCCAAAAUGCUACUUGCUUGGUGUAUUGCACUUUGUUUUUAGUUUGAAGAAACCUGCCUUGUUAUUGUCUCGUGAAGUGAUGUAUAGUGUCACAAAUCAGAAUAGGCUCAUAGGUUCAGCAAUGCAUGGUAAAUGAUGCAAGUCAAAAGUAUAGUCUGUACACCAAUAGGUUCAGCAAAGAUAUACACAUCCAACGGAAGAGGACUUCGUGAAUGGAAUUCGGGGUGUCUUGUUAUUUAGCUGCGUCCAUGGAGUUUUCUAUUUUUAUCCUUCUAUUUUUCCAA